AUGUCGUUGCCUGGUCUUGGGCUAGAAGAGCCAGAAGAGGUUCACACCGUUGAGGCCACCCACCACGAUCUCGCACAGGAGACGGAAUGGCGCUUCGAGGUCGCCGUGGGCAAGUAUGUCCAGGUCAAGGUGAGUCCAGCCUUCCUCGCUGCUGCUGCUGAAUCCCGAUCCGCCUCUGAUGAGCCGUCCCUGCAGUUGUUGUCAGGAACCGCUGAGCUGUUUGGAACUGAACUGGUGAUCGGGAACACGUACACCUUUACGGGCACAAAGGCGGCCAUCUACACUUGGAAUGGUUGCUCAUUCCAGGUCAGUGGCGAUGCACUGCAAAGCGAAUACACCGCUGAAGAGACCCCCAUGAGCGAGUACAUCAACACCCAUUUCAGCCUCGAAAGUUUGCGUGGUCAAGCUCAAGCUACCGGCCGUGAAGGCCCCCGAGUCUUGAUCUUGGGCCCCGAAGAUGCAGGCAAAACCUCUCUUGCCAAGAUCCUCACCGGUUAUGCUUCUCGAGCGGCACGAUCCCCGGUGGUGGUCAACCUGGACGUCAAGGAAGGUGUCAUGAGCAUUGCGGGCACCCUGACUGCGACCGUCUUCAAAACCUUGAUGGACGUUGAAGAAGGAUGGGGAACGGCGCCAAUGUCGGGCCCAAACGGCGCCAUUCCCGUCAAAUUACCACUCGUCUACUUCUUUGGCAGCUCGAAACCCGAGGAAAAGGAAGGCAGGGUCUACAGAGCUCAGAUUAACCGGUUGGCUCUCGCGGUAGCGGGACGCACAGCUCAGGACCCCGAUGCGAGAGAAAGUGGUAUUAUUAUCGACACCCCGGGAAGUCUGACGACGAUGAAAUCUGGCAACACUGUCGGAUACGACAUUAUCCAGGACAUUGUUUCUGAAUUUGCUGUUUCAGCCAUCAUCUGCAUGGGCUCGGAGAGACUGUAUAGCGAUAUGGUCAAAAAGUUCGAUGGACAGCCCACAGCAUUUCGACCCUCAUCGAGCACGACAGUCGCAUCCGCCACGCCUGAAACAAUCUCAGUAAUAAAACUUGCCAAAUCUGGCGGCUGCGUCGACCGCGACGAAGCAUUCAUGACGGCCUUCCGCGCGGCACAAAUCAGGACAUAUUUCUACGGCAACCCCCGCCUGAGCAACGGUAUCUCCCUUCAACCUCGCCAUCAGCAAGUGGAUUUCUCUACCUUGACCGUUUGGCGACGGAUUGGAACCACCCCAGACCCUUCAGCAAGUGCCUACGUGGACUCAGACGACGAGGAUUCGUUCCUGCCCGGCGGUACCGGCGAUGGCGCCGAAGAUACAUCGCCUUCCUCCACAUCAAAGGUCCCGCUUCCCGCAUCUCAGAUAUUUGAACACAUGGCCGGCCCCAUUGCAGCAAUGCGCAGUUCGGUCCUCGCAGUGAUGAACUGUGACCAAGAAGCCGAACAAGAGGUUAUUCGCGACAGCACCGUCAUGGGGUUUCUGUACGUCACAGAUACAGAUGAAGCAAGAGGACGAAUCAGCGUGUUAAGUCCUGUUGCAGGGCGUGUGCCGAGCCGGGCGAUCGUGUGGGCGGGCUGGCCGGAAGGUGUACUGGGGUUGGAGAGGACCUGA